AGUAAGUUGAGUAAACCCUUACUCUGCUAAGGGAAUCCUGCUCUUUAUGUUGGGUUUGUAACCAGUGGGUAGAAUUAGGCUUGAUAAAGACACUCUCUGAGUCAAAAUGAAAUUAUUUAGAAUAAAGGAUUAUAGAGGAUUUAGUUAUUGAAUUAAGUCAGGUUACAGAGUUCUCCUGUUUGCUGUGUGUGUUAUCACUGACAGAUAUUACACAAUCAAGUAUGCAAUGCUACGAUCAACAGACAGACCCAGUAUUUUUAUCAUCUUUAGAUUAUGCAGAGUAUUGCCUUGCGUGACAUAAGCACUAUAUUGUCUAAAAAGAGAUAACAUUUGAACAGUUGAAUAUCUUAGUUUGAGAGCAGUGAAUGCUGACUUCCAGAAUGGUUGCCGUACACUAUUUUGUCUCUGUGUUGGUUUGUGUCAGCUAUGCCCAAAGUUUAGAGAGAUUUAUUGCAGCAGUCUAUGAACAUGCUGUUAUACUACCAGACAGUACACAGACCCCUGUUACAAAACAAGAAGCCUUGGAACUCAUGAACAGGAACAUAGACAUCUUGGAAAAUGCAACCAAAGCAGCAGCACAGCAGGUAGUAUAUAUGUUUUAUAUACAAUCAAUUUACUAUGUACAGGUUAUAAUCAAAGAUAGCAAAAACAAAGCUAUGUGAGCAGAGAUAACACAUCUGGUAAUUUAUAAUCCAUUAUUAUUAUUUUUGCUAACCCUCUCCAUUAACCCUCUUUUUAUUUACCUACUUAUUUACCCAAACGCAUUAAAAAAAAUAAUCCGAUUUUAGAUUACCUGCAAUACUGUUUCAGGGUGACAGGUAAGUCUCAUGAUAACAAUUCAGUGCAUAUUGCAGUUAAGAUCAUAUAAUCAUAUUAAGUGGUGAAUUACCUCACUGUUUGGAUACCAACCUCAAGCUAACACUGUGCAAUUGAAAAACUAGCUAUAACAUGCUAUAAUACAAAAGAGGGAACUUUAUAAUCCUUUAUGAGCUAUGCAUAAAAAAUCGUGUGAACAGAUUAUGAAACAAAUAUACUGGGUAGGUGUGUACAGGUGUGUUAGACGUUUAGCUUUGAUUCAAUAUUUUUCUUUGAGUUACUGAUUAUGUGGUUAUUACCAAUUGCUAUCUGUAUGAUGGUAGCACAAAUUUUCUUAUUGGUGAUAUUUCCAUUUUACAAUAUUUACUGUUGUGUAUAUAUAUGUAUAGUACAUUUCAGGGGUAUUUAGACUCCUUCAUAUUUUUCUUUUUUAUGUUACAGUCUUGCUACAAAGAAACCCCAGUUUUAUUGUGUUUAGUCUCACUACAAUCUUUUUGGCCCGGAUCUGGUCUCAAAGAGACUUCAUGAUGAUCCGGUGCCAUGAUGAUGAGAUCCAUCUGGUCAUUGAUUGUUUAGGAGUACAACCCAUGCUAGGGUUUAAAAAAAUGCUGUGCAUAAAACAGCAUCAAUUGCUAAGGGUACCUGCUAAAAUGCAGGAUGAAGUCAGAAAGACAAUGUCUGUCUGUGCUUAUUUUCAUGUUAAGCACAGAUAGUGGUGGAAAAGUCCAACUUGAGAUAGGCAGAUGAUGCGCACAAGUAAUAUAUACAAGUUUCAAAAAGGUAGAACACUCAGACUUCAAAAAAUAAGACUUAACUUAUUUACAGCUGUCUAAAAUGUCAAUGUUUCUGUUUUUAUACAGAACUAUCAUCAGGCCAAAUUACACAGUCAUAAAAUGUACACAUAUUAAUAUCCAUACGAAAAUGGGUGUUCCCUCCCUCCUAUAAGCCAGCUCUCAGAGCAGUGUGCAUGCCAGCUGGUUGUCAUAGCAAUCAAGAAGCCAGUAUGUGAUAAAACAUUAUCAUAGCUCAUGAUCGUCUUCUAAGUUUAGUAGCCAUCACAGAAAACUAAAUUGCCACAAAAAAAAGUUUUUCUAUAAAGUAGACAUCACUGGAUAUUUACCUAAGGGUAUUUUGACAUUUUCUAUGUAGCCAUUUAACUGUCAAUAGUCAAAUAGUAAAUUGUGUUUUUUUUUCUUUUACAUACACACAUAUAAGAAGGUUAUUUUAAUGUGUCUUUCAGAAACACCAAAUCUGUGCUACUCCUGUACAAAACCCCAAAUUGUGUUCAGCUAAAUGUUAUGUCAAUGUAUGCCUUUGAUACUAUCUUAUGAAGUUACAAUGCAAUUCAAGAGACCUGACUGUUUCAGUUUCUGCAGUUAACAUUUUGAUAGAUGGGUUUGAUGGGCUUAUGUCUUAUUUUCAGGCAUUACAGCAGUUCGACUGUUCAAAUAACCAAAUAUAGGCCUACCGUGUGUGAAAGUAGACACCCUAGGCUAUCUCAUAAGGUCUAUAUUGUGCCUUAACAUGCCUCCAUUUUUUCACUGGUCUAUGCUAGAGUUUAUGGUAAAAAAAAUAUUUUUUUUGCAUACACAUUACAUUUGUGCUGGGCAUAUUGUAAAUAUGAUAAAGUGGCAAGAAUAUGUAAACCCUUUGGAAUUAGUUGUUUUUCUGCUGGGCUGCAGAAUAAAAUAAAAAAAAGGUUAAAAAAAACAUUAUUAGGAUAUAACGGAAAUAACUAAUGACAACAAAGAAGUAGACAAAUGGGAAUAACUUCAUAAAAAGGUAAAUAAUGUUUAAACUAAGAAUAUAUGUGCAGUAACUGGAGGAGACAGUGGGCUACAUGAAAAUCCUUAUUAUGACAGUCUGAGAAACUAAAUUAGUUAUAAAACAAGACUAAAAAAAGCCUAGUGGGGUCCCCAUCCUGAUUACACUAUAGACUAAAGAAGAGGAGUGACAAAGGAGGGGAACAGAAAAAAUAAAUAAAGGUAUAAACAGAUGUUUACACUUAAACUAUAUUUUUCAAUGUUCACAUGUACAAAUUAUUGCAUCUUACUUUCAGGGUGCACAUUUAAUUGUUACACCUGAAGAUGGGAUUUAUGGCUGGCAGUUCAGCAGAGAAACUAUCAGUCCUUACCUUGAAGAUAUUCCAGAUCCUGACAUGAACUGGAUCCCAUGCAAUGACCCUAAAAGGUAAAUUAUAUGAAAAGAAAAUGCACUUAAAGUCAGCGGUGAUUAUGAGGAAAGCAAUGGGACAAGAAUUAGGGAUUAUUCUAGCCCUAGUGACUGAAUAAUCUAAAUUUUAUUAACGACAGGAGGCGAAUAUUUGCUUAUCUUUCUUUACUGAACCUCCCAGCAGCAAAGAAAUAGUUAACAAUAGUGUAAAAACAAUUCAACCAAUCAGAGUGUAUAACAGUAUUAUAUGAUGUCAUCAAACUCCUCCCAAGUCCUCUUUCUUGCUGUAGCCAACGAUAUCCGGGUAUCAACCAUGUAAACUAUAACUAUGAACCGUGACCAAUCCAAGGUCCUGAUGUAGUCAGCCAUGUAAACUUUCAACGGGAUUGAUGAAUCCAUAUAUCACAAGCGUUGGGAUUCUUCACACUAAAGGGAAGUAGAGAAAAAAACCAUGAGAGUAUAGGUUCUCAUAAUAGUUGAAUGCAAGUUUAUGGCAUGCAUACUAGGGACAGCAAUUUCAAUAGAUUUCAUGUAAAAUGAUGUUGAGUAUGUCAAACUCUUGGUGUUGUGGUGUAAACCUAUGACAGAUGAUGUGUGAAUGUGUUUGAAACAGAUCGACUAGAAUUUUUUUUUUUUUAGUAACUUACCUUAGGGCGGGUACAAAUGAUAAUGAAAAACAUUCGUUAAUAAAAUUUAGAUUAUUCAGUCACUAGGGAAUAAUCCCUAAUUUUAUGGCAAGACAGGAGGCUUUAUAUUUGCUGUUUUAACGCUCUUAUAUGAUAGAAGAUGCAGCAUGUGGCAUAGGUUUGAUAUAGAAUGUAUUAAAGGUGGAUUCACUGGUCCAAUCUGCAGACGACAAUGUCUGAGAGGGAACUACCCGCACGAAAGGCUGAGGAUGCGGCUGCUCCUCUGACUGAAUGCGUUCCAAAAGAGGAGUCAAUACCUGCUUGGGCUAGUAUCCAUCUGAUCCGUGCGACGGUGGGAGCGGACACCGGUUUGUGUGGUCUGACAUAGGAAACAAGAAGGGGUCCUGUAGGGGAACGCAGAGUGGUUGUGGCAUCUAUAUAGUGCCACAGAGCGCCACGCAAAGCGACUGUCUAUUCGGAAAGUAAGGGUAGAAUACAGAGGAGGAAUUAGUCUUCGUUCGCCUGGUGAUGUGAAAUUUAACGCCCUCAGGCGAAAAAACUACAGCAUGGAAAUCAAAUGCUCGAAUGUCGGAGACCCUACGGAAUGAUACCAGACAUAGGAGUAAGGCCAGUUUUGCAGAGAGUUGACGUAACGUCAAAUUCUCAUUAGAGGGCCAGGAGUCUAAAAGGGAAAAAACCUGAGUGACGUCCCAGAAAUUGGAAUAUCUAGGAAGAGGGGGUCUGGCUAGCCUGAUCCCUCGUAAAAGUCUACAAACUGAAGGGUGUUUUCCUAUUGAUGCAUUGUCAAUAGGGUUGUGGGCCGCAGAAAUAGCAGAUCUAAAAACAAUAAUUGAUCUAUAGGACUUGCCUUGAUCAAAGAGAGUAGAUAGAAAAUUUAGGAUGAUCGUCAGAGAUGCUGAAAAGGGAUCGGUAUCCCUUACCAAACACCAGCUGACCCAUGUCCGCCAUGCAGCGAGGUAAGCUCUUCUUUUGCCUGGGGCCCAGGAGUCCCAUAGGAGGGCCUGAGCUGUCUCCGAAAGUCCCGAGACAUUCCAGGAUCCCCUGAAACGGUCCAAGCUACAAGCUAGAGCUGCCCUUGAAGGGCGAGUGGGUGACAGCGCCCUGCUGGAUUCUUGAGGAUGUCGGGGGAUUGAGGUAGUAGAAUUGGACAAUUCACAGACAGUUCUAGCAGGGUUGGAAACCAAGUCUGGGCUCUCCAUAGCUGAGUGACAAUAACUAUCGUCACUACUAGGGCUUUGACCCGGUAAAGGGUGCGCUGGAUCAUGGAGAAAGGCGGUAACGCAUAAGCUCCUGUCUCCGGCCUAGGUGUAGGGAGGCAUCGACUGCUCAGGACUGGGGAUCUGGGAGCCAGCUGAAAAAGGCCUUCAUCUGGUGAUUCAGCCGAGACACGAUCAGGUCCAUUGUGAGGGGCCCGCGAAGACAAUAAAUUUGAUAGAACAAGCGGGGAUCCAAUUGCCAGUCGCUUACGUCCCUCCAAUGACGAGAGAACCAAUCUGCGACUAGGUUGUCCAUGCCCGGAAGAUAUUCUGCUCUGAUGGAUAAAUUCCACUCUAGGCAGAAUUGGUAGAGUUCCUUGGUAAGGUCGGACAGUAAUUUGGAUCGGGAACCUGCUAACCGAUUCACAUAACGCACUGCAGAGACGUUGUCCAUGCGCAGUACUAGUGAACAAUUGAAACAAUCUUUUGCGAAACUGCGAAUCGCAAAAGAUCCUGCAAUCAAUUCUAGGCAAUUGAUGUGCAGUGCUUGUUCGGAGGGGGACCAUAGUCCCCCGGUGGACCUUUCGGAGCACGUAGCGCCCCACCCCAAGAGACUGGCAUCGAAGUCUGGUUGUGAUCCGAAAAUGGUUUGCCAUUCCAGGUUUCCAUGUCGUGAAGCCACCAAUGAAGUUCUAUACAGACUUCGUCUGUUAGGUAGAUCAGUUGGUCAUAGAAGGUGGACCGGUUUAGAUAGUAAGUCUUGAGCCGUUGCAUGGCUCUGUAAUCUAGGGGUCCUGGAUAAAUGGCUCGGAUAGAGGCAGACAGGCCUAUGGUAUGAGCCAGAUCACAUAGGCGAAUCUGGUGGGCUAAUAGCAAUUUGCAAAUGUCUUUCUUUAUAGCCUUGACCUUUGUAGAAGGUAGUUCUAAAAUCGCCUGUAUGGAGUCUUUUAGGAAUCCGAGAAACUGAACUUUCUGAGAAGGUUCCAGGUCCGAUUUUUGAAAGUUGAUUACAAAACUUAGGUUUUGUAAUAAGGCCGUCGUCAUGUCCGUGUGUUGACGUAAAAGGUCUGGAUCUUGAGCCAUUAUCAGGAUGUCAUCCAAAUAUACAAUGGAACGAAUCCCCUGUGAUCGGAGUAGCGCCAUCACUGGUUUCAUCAGCUUUGUGAAACACCAUGGUGCGGAACAAAGACUGAACGGGAGGCAUGUGAACUGCCAAAUUUCCUCUUGCCAGAGGAAUUGAAGAAAAGCCAGAUGGUUGUAGGCGACAGGGACAGUGAGAUAUGCGUCCUUGAGAUCGGAUCUGGAUAACCAGUCUCCCACUCAAAGGAGGUCCCUGAGGAGAUGGAUGCCCUCCAUUUUGAAAUUAUGAUAUCUGACAUAGUGAUUAAGGUCUUUCAAAUUGAUUAUUGGAUGCUCGUCUCCAGAUUUUUUGUGGACCAGAAAAAUAUUGCUUAGAAAGGUAUGUGGGAAGGGUGAUCUUUCUAUCGCCCCUUUUUCCACCAGUUUGUUCAAUUCUGUGUGUAAUGCCAGGUUGUCUGUUGCAGACAUCCAAAAUGGUGUAGGUGGUGUGUCCUGGAAGGGAGUGGAAAGGAAAUCUAUUUUGAACCUCUUGACUGUGAGUAGGAUCCAUAGAUCCUGUGAAAGCAGUUCCCACUGUUGGAAAAAAUGGGUUAGUCGACCUGCUAUAGGUACAUUGAAAAAAGGAAGGUUUAUUACCUGGAGCAGUGCGUCCGCAUAAGGAGGCAGAUCCACGUCCCCGAAUGGAUCCUCUAUUGGUGAAUAACUGCCUGUGGUAGGGUCGACGGGGUCCCGAGUUCCAGUAGUAUUCUGAGGGACGAGGCCUGUAGCCUGUGAAGGCAGCUCUGCUGUUCAUUCGGCCUCUAUAAUGUCCAGCUCUCCCAGAAAAAUGACCUGACUGGGAUCGAAAUAGGAUUGGGCCUUGUUUAAGGUAGUAAAUACCGCUGCACGUUUGGACAGAUCUCUCAUGAAAGAGUCCCCAAAUAACAAGCCAUUGGCUUCUGGUCCCAGUUCUCGGGAGCUUAAGUCUACUAAUUUAGCAUUGAGUUUAUAUAGUGCCGCCCUACGUCUCUCAGUGGAUAUAGCCACAUUUGCAUUGCCCAGGAAACAUGGGGCUCUUUGGGCCCAUUCUCGGACUGUGUGAGGGUCAAACUCCCCACUAGUUAUAGCUUCGUCAGCUAGUAUGAAAAUUUGGAUGAUGGGACCAGCGAUAUCCAGGAGCUUGUCCUGGGCUGUCUUAAGACCUUGCUCAAUACCCUUGCGAGGGUCUUUCCCUGUUUUAGUGAGGAAGGUCACAAAUAGCGGGUCAAACUCUGGCGUGAGAGCCACUUUACUUGGUAUAGUUGGCCGAGGGCAUUCAGCUCUGUGUUUAGCCCUUAUUUCUUUUUCAAGGGGCUUACGCAGCCACAUCUUGCAAAAAUUAGAGAUGUGGUCAGGUGGGGCCCAUUUGGCCGAACGUAGAUGUCUAAUGACCCUAGGGUCCAAAAAAGGGACACCCGAGGCAUCCAGAAGGGUGUCUGAGUCGGGUCCCUUGGGCAUAGAGAUGUUUGCAUCUGUGUCCUUUUGGUAAUGAAUGUCUCCUUGACAAAUUCCGAUGGGGUAUCCCCUAGCGCAAUCGCCUAGGGGUCCUCAUUAGAAUAGCCAAGGUAGUAAUCCUCAACCCUAUCGCCCAUUUGAGAAGUGGAACCCUCCAAGGGGUCGAAUAUAGUUUGGGCGGGGCGAGUGACAGUUAAUUUUUGAGACUUGGCAGGAGCCUUGCCCUUGCCCGCAGACACACUAUUCCCUUUCCAAGGACGUGUGAUCUCCUGAUCCAAGGGCUGAGAGUCCUCUGAGUCAGAGAGUAAAUGUGCGGUGGGAUUGACUUCGCCAGGAGUCUUUUCAUGGAAGGCUGCUAACGCCUAGGGGAUGAAUUCAGAAAUGGUUGAAACCAGCCAAGCUUUAAGUUCCUGAGAGAUUGCGGGCUCAGUAUUGUCAGACAUUUUAGUUAGCACUGUAUUAGUGAUUCUGACAAAUAGUCGUAAGACAAGAAUGUUAACUGGGGUUCACCCAAUUGUGCUUGGUAAAAUUUCUAAGUAGGGGGUCACCCAAAUAAGCGUAGUUUGAUAUAUAAGGGCGGCACACAAUAUAUAGUGGGGUAGACCACUAAAUUAUAUAAGUGGGUUGUACCACUGUAACAAUAAGAACUGGGGUUCACCACUCAGUAGUCAGACUUUUAAGAGUAUGUCUGUAAAAUAUUUAAUAAAGUGCAAAGGUGAGGGUCACUCACUUGUAGUAAUGGUGUUGAGACACCUGUCAUAAAUUAAUUAAAAAGUGAAUAAAAGGUGGGGGUCACCCACAACAACAUUCAAUGAAUCAAGUGACAAAGAAAAAUGUGGGGGUCACCCACAAGGCUGUCCUUUAUUUAAUAAUGAUAAGAUACAGCAGGUAUUUUCCUGUCAAGAAAAACAAAUAGGUACAAAGAAUAAUUUGGAAAAAGGUGGUAGCCCUUUAAGGGUGCUAUGAGCAACAAGUAAAUAAGAUACUUACCGGAUCCAUGAGGUGAAGCGAUCGCACAUAAAUAACAAGGUAAACCGCGGUUUAAGAUGGCCGCCAGCAAAAGGGCGGGAGGAAGCGCGUCAGGUAAUUGCAGGCGGGAGAAGGGGGGAUCUGAGAAAGAGUGCAAAAUUGAGCCGCGGACUCCUGGGAAUUGGGAAUCAGAAUCGAGAGGAAACCGCGGCCACAAAUGUGAUAAAAUCGCGGAGGCAAACCCCAACGAUUUUUAAAGGGGAACAAUGGAGAUAAAGUUUAAAAACUGUUCAGAGAUGUAAAUAAACCAACAUGUUAGGUAUAAUUAUAUGUAGUAAGGGUAUUGUGUACUGACAAUAAAUUGUGUGAGAAACUAGUGAAAAUUAAUGUUUGAUAAACAAAACAUUACCACAGAAAAUUAUUUUAAAAUGAUAAUAGAGAUAUGGGUGCUAUAAAAUGUAACAAAUUAAUGAGAAAAUGUGUUGAAAUAUUGCAUUAAAGGCAAAAACCAUAAGGCAAUAUAAUUGGAGCAGACUCACCUGGGAGGCAAGCAGCAAAGAAAAAAGGACGUGGGAGGAGUUUGAUGACAUCAUAUAAUACUGUUAUACACUCUGAUUGAUGAAUUGUUUUUACACUAUUGUUAACUAUUUCUUUGCUGCUGGGAGGUUCAGUAAAGAAAGAUAAGCAAAUAUGAAGCCUCCUGUCUUGCCAUAAAAUUAGUAUUUAUUACAUCACAUACACUAAUGUGGAGUAGACCAGGGCUCAACAUGGAAAAUUGCCACAGACAGUAAGCUGGCAUGGUCAUUUACUUACACUAACUAGACUAUAAAAUGGUGUUCUUAAAUGUAGGGGUGCACAACCUCUGGUCCUCAAGCCAAAUGCAGCCCACGAAUGCAUGACCACUGGCCCGCAGCCCUCAGCAUACAAAAUUACCCAAAGCAACAACUGAGCAUUCGCAUUUGCCAUAAAAGGAAAUUGCAUCACUACAGAUGACCAAUGGAAAGACAGCAAUGGCAUGCCCUAUUAUGUGAGACCUAGUCACAGAUCUCUUUCUCAACUUUACAGCUUGGCACUGUGUGUGAAGGAUGAGAGGCAGGGUCUAUAGAGAUGACCUAUCUGUCAGGAUUACUGUUUGAUCCAGCACGUAGAACUGUACAGCACGGAUGACAAAUAAGUAACGUAUUACCGGUCCUUAGAAUGGCCGGAUUUAACGUACAAAGAAUAGUCAAAAAUACUAGCCGAGGUCAGGGAACACAGAAAGGGACACAGCGAUAAGGAAAGCCAGGAGUCAGGAUACCAGAAUAUAGGGAAGUCAAUAAACAAAGCCAAAGUCAAAAACCAGGUAGAAAACUAUAAACAGGAACGCGAUCUCAGACAACCACAAGGGAAACCACGACAGGGCACUGAGCAGGCUGAGAACUGGGCCUAAAUACCCCUCCUUUAGUUCCGAUAGGCUGUAACCGGCCUUUGACCCCAAAGUCAGUUACCAGGUUUCAUUUGCAUAAUUGCUGCUCAGCAUUAACCUUUCUGUGGAUUAGGUUGCUGCUCGGCACAACUUUUCCUGUGUGGACAGUAAAUAUCAUUAAUCACUUUUCUCAAAGCGGAUGAAUACAUGACACCAGGUUUCAUUUGCACAAUUACUGCUCAGCAUUAACCCUUCUGUGGAUUAGGUUGCUGCUCGGCACAACUUUUCCUGUGUGGACAGUAAAUGUCAUUAACCACAUUUCUAUAAGCGGAUGAAUAUGUGACACUAUCAUCCCCUACUCUCUACUCAUACACAGAGCCAUAUGUGUGACUGGUGAAGGGGGGGUGUAAGGAGGGUGCACAUAGAACAAUAAGAAGGUAUAUUAUACUUAAUAUAAGUGGAACACUUCCUGUUAGACCUAUAAUAGAAAAACACAUAUAUAGUGUAACACUGUUCUAUACAAAACAUUAAUUGGUCUCAGGUAUUGGGUCACUCACAGUGUGUAGAGCCACAUAAAGCCUUUUUAACUUGUUUAUGGUUCCUACAGCCCAUACAAUCUCCGCAAUGAAAAAAUCCUUUUUUGGUAUCUUUGUAUAGUUCUAGAAAAUUACUCUUUGGUAUAUCUAUAUAGCUUUUAGUGAGUAUAUUUUUCAUACUUUUAGCUCCCCUAAAUAUAACUUUACGUUUAUCUUCUAAAAAAGGCAGAAUUUCAUGAUCUUGUUGGAGAAUAUGCCAAUUUUCUAAAAAAGGCAGAAUUUCAUGAUCUUGUUGGAGAAUAUGCCAAUUUUAUCUUGUUGGAGAAUAUGCCAAUUUUAAAAGGAAGAAGACCAACACUCACCACACACUUUGAUAAAGACCUGGAGGUCGAAACGCGUUAGUGCUGUGUAUUUCGUUAUGUUAUUUUAGCUUUUUCUGUAUCCUUUAUUUUAACCAGUAAAGUCACUUUUUGAUUAUUGACACUGGAUGUCCUGGAAGUUAUUAAAGGGCGGAGAAAAGGAGCAGAGCUAUUUGGAAAGCUGAAAAUCGAAAGCCAGAAUAAGCUUAUUAUUCACCUGCCAUCUAAGCUAGAGCCAGCUUUAUGUGGCUCUACACACUGUGAGUGACCCAAUACCUGAGACCAAUUAAUGUUUUGUAUAUAACAGUGUUACACUAUAUAUGUGUUUUUCUAUUAUAGGUCUAACAGGAAGUGUUCCACUUAUAUUAAGUAUAAUAUACCUUCUUAUUGUUCUAUGUGCACCCUCCUUAUAUUCUUUUUUCUAUCACUUUGUAUUUGAGUGCCAUUUAGUGAUUUUGGGCACUGGGGGUAGUUGCAUAUUCUCUGGCUCUAUAGCGCCAAUCCACCAUUUCUUGUAUUGUUUUUAUCUUAAGGGGGGGUGUGGUUGACUUCCAUAUAUGUUGCUUCUGAGAAGACUUUCAAUGUAAAAUGGGGGCUAUGUAAAGACGCGUCAUACAUAGUGUGAAAAGGGCAUAGGCACAGGAAAUCCUCUUUAUAUUAUGGUAAAGAGACACACAAAGGAAGGGGUGAUGGGGAAAGACAUAAGGGAAGGAGGGUGAUUGUAAAGGUGAGGUGAAGCUGCGGAAAAACUGGGGAGGAUGAGCAUACAAACUACAAUCAGACAUCAGAAAGAUCACCUCCAAGAUUAAGCACAACCAUCACAGACAUCAUAUGGCAGUGGCCUCUGUUAUGAAUUUCAGUCAGUCAACUGGCACCCUAUCUAAAAAAGUUGUAUACCCUUGUUAAAGUAAAUUAUUUUCUUUUCAAAUAAAUCACAAAAAAAUGUUGUGUCGGUGAUGAUUAUAUUGUAUGUAAAAUGUAUUAAACAUACAGUAUGCAGCAAUCAGUUAAAACAAAACCAUUAAAGAAAUUAUUUUGUCAAUGUUGUAUUGCAGGUUUGGCCCAGCACCAGUGCAGACAAGACUGAGUUGUAUGGCAAAGGACAACUCUAUAUAUGUAGUUGCUAAUAUGGGGGACAAAAAAAAUUGUAACAUCUCCGAGGCUGGCUGUCCAAAUGAUGGUCAGUUUAACUAUAAUACUGCUGUUGUGUAUGACUCCGAAGGAAAGCUUGUAGCCCGUUACCAUAAGGUAAGCAUUUUAUGCUCUGUAUUAAAUAUCUCCAUCAAUAAUAUGUACGCACAACCUCCAUACAGUGAUUAUGUUUUAAAUGUAAUAAAUAUCUAAAGGAGGAAUUGUCAUUUCUCUGGAAUUACCUAUAACCUAUGGUAUUUGAUGCUUAGUUUUCCAUUAAAACUUUCAAAUGAAGGUGAGAAAUAAAAUCAUUGAGAUAAGUGACUAUUACAUUUCCUCAUUAUUUUGAUCAUAUUUAUUGAACUGAACUAAAAACAAUUUAGUUUUUCUUCAUAAUAAAUUCCAUCCGUUUUCGCAGAAAUUUCUAUUUCUGACUACGACCAAAUUUACAGUGGUGGGAAAAAGAGGAGUAAAUCAAAACACUUUUUUUCUGUGUGGCAAGUAGGUGAAACAAAUGAUAAAUCUGUUUUGUUACCGAAAAAAUUGCAAUAAUUAAAAAAAUAUGGCUAGGGUGGUGUAACGGAACCGCUUGAGAUUGAGAUUGAGGAGGGACAAAGUAGCCAGUUUCAACUGGUCUGGCAGUGUCCCUGGGACAACGCCCUGCUGGAGAACAAUGGGACUGGAAAAAGGGGGAAGGGGAAGAGGCCCAUUUUCCCACGGAAUUAAAGGGGCAGAAAGAGUGCCUUAAAAUCCAAUAAAUCUCGCCCAUACUUUCUACUUGUUCUUUUGUCUGUAUGCUUACUGUCAAGUGCAAAGGACAGAGUUUAUAACAAAGACUGACAAGGAGCUAGGAUGUAAUACCCAGUGCCUGGAAAUUAUGGUAACACAAUCAUGUAUUCCUGACCCUAUAGUGUUAAAAACACUAUUUGGCCCCUCUAAAUAUAGUUAAAUCUUACCUUUAUCCCAGUCUGCUGGUGCUGGCUCUUCCCCUGAUCUGCCUCCUUGGUUGACAUCAUCAGAAGUGAUGAUCGCAGUCCGUCACAAUGCUUACCCAUAGGAAAGCAAUGCAUUGGCUGAGAUUGCCAAGGAGGUGGGCUGGGGGAGCAGAACCAAAAUCUGCCAUGGGGUCAUGGUACCUGUAAUUUCCACCUCUGAAGAGGUCAGGCAUCUGGACAGGGUCUCUCCCAAAGGGGCUUGUAUGUCCAAACAUUUCGGCAAUUUCGGCCGUUUUCACGCCGGCCGCGCUAGCUCCUCCCCUUUUUAUGACGCAACGGCCAAUAUUCGACAUCAUGACGUCAUCAUCGGCACGGACCGCCAGAAACCGCAAUUCCGGACCUUUUGGGGGCAUGGUCAUCAAUUAAGGUGACAAGGUACUUAAAGGAAUCCUGUGCUACAACUCAUUGCCCUGUCGUGGUUCUAGCUUGCUAGUCACUCAGCGCGUUCCUCUCAUUGUGUUAUACGGUUUUGACCUGGCUUGUAUUUUCGUCUUGCUUCUCUCUCCUUUCCUUAGACCCGGCUUGUUCCUCGCUUACCUGUCCUCCGGCUCCCUCGACCUCAGCUUGUCUUUUGACCAUUCUUGUCUUGUCUAUACGUUAGUCCGGCCAUUCUAGGGUCCGGUAUACGUACCUCUUUCUAUCCGCACUCUGCGUAUUGGAUCCCUGUCACGAUCCUGACAUUACGACAGGGCCAUAUGGAUCCUGCAGGUGCUAGUUCUCCUGACUCCAUAUUUGAGGCCAUGGACCAUAGAAUGGACCAAAUUGCUCUAGCUUUGCAAUCUUUAUUAGCACAUCCCAGUACCCAGUCAGAAGAGAUAUGUUCCACCGCUAGCCAUCCUGUAAGUACAGGUUUGGAAGUAGCCACAGUGCGUGCAUUCUCUCAUGUCACUUCCCCGUUACGAUAUGGGGGUUCGCCUGAUACAUGUUGAGGUUUUCUAAACCAGAUAAGCAUACAUUUUGAACUUCAACCCCGGGCAUACCCUACUGACAGGGCUAAAGUAGGGUUCAUUAUAACACUGCUAAUAGACAAAGCACUUAGAUGGGGUAAUCCUCUCUGGGAGAAUGAUAACCCUUUGGUCUAUAAUUAUAAUGCAUUUGUCACAGCUUUCAGAAGGACUUUUGAUCCCCCAGGAAGGAAGGCUAAUGCAGCCAGAUCUCUGUUACGCCUUAAACAACAUAAUAGAACCCUGGUAGAAUAUGCGCUAGAGUUCAGAUCCCUGGCGGCAGAGGUUAAAUGGAACGAACAAGCGUAUAUGGAUGUAUUUUUGAAUGGAUUGUCUGAUGAGAUUCUAGACGAGAUUGCCACAAGAGAACUUCCAGAAAAUUUGGAAGAUUUAGUGUCAUUUAUUUCCAGAAUAGAUGAACGUAUGAGACAGAGGCAGAAUACUCGAGAAAGAGCCAGUAGACCCCCUAAAAGACUUGCUCCUUCCUUCCAGAACCCUGAUUCCUUCAACCCAACUCCUCCAGAACCUAUGCAGAUAGGCAAUACUCGCCUAUCUGAGGACGAGGGGCAAUACAGGAGAAGGCAGGGUCUAUGUUUAUAUUGAGGGCUGAGAGGCCACCUAUGUCUAAAUUGACCUAGACGCCCGGGAAACACUCGCACCUAAGUUCCCCUAGAGGACGGGCCUUGAGUGCUUCUAUAUUGUCCUCUAUGUAUAAUGAUAAAGACCAUAGGCUUCUUAUUCCUGUCUCUUUAGCUUGGGAGAGUGGGGCUAUAACUACGAUGGCUUUGUUAGAUUCCAGAGCAGCUGAAAGCUUUAUACAUCAAGCUUUCGCUAAUAAGCAUUGUCUCCCAUCUCAACUGAGAGAUACACCCUUGGCCGUUGAGGCCAUUGAGGCCGUUGACCUUUGUCUGAACCAGUAAUAUUUCAUGAGACUAAACCCAUUAAACUGACCAUCGGUAUCCUCCACGAGGAGAUGAUGUCCCUCCUGCUAAUAUCCUCCCCUGCUGUCCCAGUGGUUCUAGGGUAUCCUUGGCUUAAAAGACAUAACCCUAUCAUUGAUUGGGAAUGUGGAGAAAUCAUAUCUUGGGGAUCAGGUUUUAGGGAGAAAUGUUUGCUGAGAGUCACUUCGGUUUGCUCAGUAAACUCCUCUAUCAACUCUUACCAAUCUACAGACUUACAGAUACCGUCUCAGUAUCUGGAUCUCAAGUCAGUAUUUGACAAAAGGAAGGCUGAUACCUUACCUCCUCACCGGUCCUAUGACUGUACUAUUAGACUCUUGCCUGGUAUUAUGCCUCCUAGGGGUACGGUGUAUCCUCUGUCUACUAAAGAAAAUGUAGUCUUAGAGGAUUACAUAAAGGAGAAUCUAGACAAAGGAUUUAUUAGAAAGUCUUCAUCUCCGGCUGGGGCAGGUUUUUUCUUUGUAGAGAAGAUAGACGGUACUUUACGUCCUUGCAUAGACUAUCGGGGAUUGAAUAAGAUUACCAUCAGGAAUGCUUACCCCAUUCCUUUGAUUACAGAACUCUUUGAUAGAUUGAAGGGCUCCAAGAUUUUUACCAAGUUAGACUUGAGAGGAGCAUAUAACUUGGUAAGAAUUAGACAGGGAGACGAAUGGAAGACAGAGUUCAAUACCCGUUACGGACAUUAUGAGUAUACUGUAAUGCCGUUUGGGUUAUGCAAUGCUCCGGCCGUCUUCCAAGAUUUGAUUAAUGAAGUUCUUAGAGAAUUUCAACAUGAAUGCGUUAUAGUAUAUUUGGAUGAUAUACUAAUACAUUCUAGGGACCUUGAGUCUCAUCACAGACAUGUCAGAAGUGUAUUACGGAAACUUUGAACAUGGAUUGUAUUGUAAAUUGGAGAAAUGUAGCUUUGAUCAAUCCCAGAUAACUUCCUUAGGCUACGUAAUUUCUAAGGACGGGUUUAUGAUGGACCCGAUUAAACUAAAAUCGAUAUUAGAUUGGCCAUUACCCAAGGGACUCAAAGCCAUACAAAGAUUCAUUGGAUUUUCUAAUUACUACAGACGCUUCAUUAAAGGUUACUCUUCUAUUAUUGCUCCUAUCACUAAUAUGACUAAACAAGGGGUUAAUACCAAAACGUGGUCUACUGAGGCUCUAUCUGCUUUCGAAACGCUCAAACAGACUUUUGCUUCAGCACCUAUAUUGGUCCAUCCUGAUACCUCUUUACCUUUUCUACUUGAGGUUGAUGCGUCUGAAACAGGUAUAGGCGCAGUUUUAUCCCAAAGACAAAGUUUGGAUAAACCUUUGCACCCAUGCGUUUUUUUUUUCCCAAAAAUUAUCACACACGGAAAGGAGAUAUGAUAUUGGUGACAGAGAACUCUUAGCUAUUAUUAUGGCAUUAAAAGAAUGGAGACAUCUGUUAGAGGGAACUGUACACCCUGUUACCAUUUUGACGGAUCACAAAAAUUUAUCCUACAUUGUAGAGGCCAAAAGAUUAUCCGCCAGGCAAGCCCGUUGGUCAUUGUUCCUUACACAUUUCAACUACCUACUCACAUACAGACCUGGUUCUAAGAACACCAAAGCAGACGUGUUAUCCCGCCAACAUGAACCUAUUACCAUCACGGAAGACGCAUUGUCUCCUAUUGUUCCUAAACAAUACAUUAUUGCAAACACUAAUGUCAAAAUACACUCUCCGUUACUUGCAGAUAUAAUGAAGGAACAAUCUCUUGCUCCAGAACGUACCCCUGAGGGACAGUACUUUGUUUCUCCUAAGUUCCAAAUAGACGUACUUCGUUGCUUUCACGAUAGUAAGAUUGCUGGUCACCCUGGCAUCCACAAAACUUACUCCAAGGACUUCUGGUGGCCUAAUAUACGGAGGGAUGUGGAAGAUUUUGUCAAGGUUUGCGAUGUCUGUGUUAGGAAUAAACUACCACAGACACUCCCUUGUGGCCUAUUGCAACCCUUAGUCAUUCCCAACAAACCUUGGGCUAGUUUAGCUAUGGAUUUUAUUGUUGAUUUGCCUGUUUCUAAUAACACACACAGUUAUCCUCACGGUGAUCGAUAGGUUUACCAAAAUGGCUCAUUUCAUUCCCUUGCCUAAACUUCCUUCCUCGCCCGAAUUGGCCGAGAUAUUUGCGAAGGAGAUUUUUCGCUUACAUGAUAUCCCCAAUGAGAUUGUGUCUGACAGAGGUUCCCAAUUCGUUUCCCGUUUUUGGAAAUCCUUCUGUUCCCAGUUGGGUAUCAAGCUGAAUUUUUCCUCUGCCUAUCACCCUCAAUCUAACGGAGCUGCUGAAUGCACUAACCAAAAAAUUGAGCAAUAUCUGCGCUGUUUUGUUUCUGAACACCAGGACGAUUGGGUCAGUCUGAUUCCUUGGGCAGAGUUUGCUCACAACAAUCUUGUUUGUGAUUCCACUCAUAAUAGCCCCUUUUUCUUGAAUUAUGGCUUUAACCCUACUGUUCUUCCGUGGGUAUCACCUUCUCACGGUGUAGCGUCGGUUGAUGUUCAUGUAGCCAACCUGAGAAAGUUGUGGGAUCAGACUUGACGAAUUCUUACCCGUAGCUCCGCGGUGUUCAAGAUGCAUGCUGAUAAGCGUAGACGGCCUGCCCCUGUCUUUUCUCCAGGUGAUAGGGUCUGGUUGAGUACCAGACACAUUCGCAUGAAAGUUCCUUCCAUGAAGUUUGCUCCUCGUUACGUAGGGCCUUACAAGGUAUUGAGGAGGAUUAACCCGGUUUCUUAUGUGCUGGACCUGCCUCCUACUCUACGUAUCCCUAACUCUUUUCAUGUAUCUUUAUUGAAGCCUCUUGUAUGUAACAGAUUUUCUUCCCACACUUCACCCCCUCCUUCGGUUCAAGUUGAUGGUCAGGAAGAAUAUAUUGUCAAGUCCAUUCUUGAUUCUCGUAUUUCCAGGGGGAAGUUGCAAUACCUCGUAGACUGGAAAGGUUAUGGUCCUGAAGAUAGGUCUUGGGUUCCUUGUGAAGAUGUACAUGCUCCUCGUCUUCUUCGGGCCUUCCAUAUUCGGUUUCCUUCUCGCCCCGGUCCCGUCCGCCCGGUGGGCGUGUCUGAAAGGGGGGGUACUGUCAUGGUACCUGUAAUUUCCACCUCUGAGGAGGUCAGGCAUCUGGACAGGGUCUCUCCCAAAGGGGCUUGUAUUUCCAAACAUUUUGGCAAUUUCGGCCGUUUUCAUGUCGGCCGCGCUAGCUCCUCCCCCUUUUAUGACGCGACGGCCAAUAGUCGACGUCAUGACAUCAUCAUCGGCACGGACCGCCAGAAACCGCAAUUUCGGACCUUUUGGGGGCGUGGUCAUCAAUUAAGGUGACAAGGUACUUAAAGGAAUCCUGUGCUACAACUCAUUGCCCUGUCGUGGUUCUAGCUUGCUAGUCACUCAGCGCGUUCCUCUCAUUGUGUUAUAUGGUUUUGACCUGGCUUGUAUUUUCGUCUUGCUUCUCUCUCCUUUCCUUAGACCCGGCUUGUUCCUCGCUUAACUGUCCUCCGGCUCCCUCGACAUCGGCUUGUCUUUUGACCAUUCUUGUCUUGUGUAUACAUUAGUCCGGCCAUUCUAAGGUCUGGUAUACGUACCUCUUUCUGUCCGCACUCUGCGUAUUGGAUCCCUGUCACGAUCCUGACACAUGGCCAAUUAGCAUCUCCUCAUAGAGAUGCAUUUAAUCAAUGCAUCUCUAUGAGGAAAGUACAGUGUCUUCAUGCAGAAGGUGGAGACACUAAAUGUCACUAUGCCUGGAAGCAGGAAGUAGCCAUUUGAUGAGUGGGCUCUGCAGGUAUCCCUGGGCUGUAAUGUAAACACUGUCUUUUCUUUGAAAAGACAGUGUUUACUGCAAAAAGCCUGCAGGGACUGACAAUACUGUAGUAAGCAAUAGUUUUAGUUCUGGUGACUAUAGUGUCCGUUAUUUUUUUUUAUUUUUUUUUCACACCUCAUACAUACUUAUUAAAUACAGGGAUAAGUAAAUACAUAAUAUUAAGUCCUGGAAAAUUGACAAUUCCCCUUUAAAAUUGAAUUUUAAGCACCAUCACCACUAUAGACAAUUGUAGUGGUUAGAUAACUAAAAGGCUAUGAUACACUCAACCUAUCAAAGCCGUCUAGAUGUGAAAAAAAGUAUAAUGCUAACUCAGAAUGUAUGCUUUGCAAGUGUGUGGUAGUCUCUGUGUGCCUGGGAAACCCUAAAAUAGUCAAACUGCUUGAAAUGUUAGAUCCAAAACUGAAGUAUGGCACCAAUAACCUACUUUUACCAUAACCACUACAACGUAGCAUAGAAUUCACAAAAAACAGUUAACCAUAAAUUGUCACAUACACUGCUUAUGGAUAUUUGUAAGGAACCCAAUGUCAUUAUUAGCAAUGCCAAUUUCUUAAAAAGACAACAGAAUGCAAUAAUUUUGUAUGUAUUUGGCCAUAAAAACCCUCUUUGUAACUUCCUUUGCUCUAUGGUAAUAGGGGUUAGAUUGACAUUUUCACCCUAUUUGCAUUGAUUCAAAUAGUGAGUUGAGCCUCGGCAACAUUUCUCUGAGGUAACAAUCAUACUUGGAGUAUAAAAGAUGGUAAGUAAAACUAUGGACUAAAUUAUGAAAGUAAAAUAUGUAUGAGAAGCCUAGAAUGGUAAUUUUUUUAUAAAUAAGAACAUUUCACAAAUACUUAAGAAAUUAUACAUUAAUAUAUUUUUAAUUUUCAGCAACACCUUUUCCUUGGGGAGAUACAGUUCAAUGCUCCAAAAGAGGCUGAGGUUGUGAGCUUUGACACACCUUUCGGGAGAUUUGGCAUUUUUAUUUGCUUUGAUAUUCUUUUCUAUGACCCAGCUGUGGCUCUGGUUGUGGAUCGCAAUGUGGACACUAUCCUGUUCCCAACAGCUUGGAUGAAUGUUCUUCCCCAUCUAUCUGCUAUUGAAUUUCACUCUGCAUGGGCUAUGGGAAUGGGUGUAAAUCUGCUCUCCUCUAACACCCAUAGUACCAGCAAGAGAAUGACAGGUAAGAGUGAAACAUUUUAACAGAAUAAUAACAGAAUGCUAGCAAUAUAUACAAAAGCAAGUUUGAGGAAACGUUCUAAGCGUGGAUCAGUAGUGUAAAUCAAUCACCAUGGAAACAAGUAGAAUUAGCCUUUGCCCAUUUUUAGAACUUUGCCCAUUUUUUUUUUGGUAACAGAAUCAUUGUAAUAAAAUAUCAAACUAAGCAAAAAAACAGAGACCUUUGUACACAGCCAACAAACAAAAAAAAAUACUUAAAAUUAGUACUACCUCUGUUCACAGAUAACUUUAUUGACAUACCUUCCAAUGUGCGAUCCCCUCCCCAACUAAGUAAACAGUCUAGCUACUGCUAUUAUGACCAAAAUGUACACAUGAACCUUGAGAAUCAUUGCAAUUUUCAAUUACUACUGCAUGUUCUGGCCAGGCUAUGUGAGUAUAAACUUGAUACAUAUUAAAGGGACACUAUAGUCACCAGAACAAAUACAGCUUAUUGAAUUUGUUGUGGUGAGUAUAAUCAUUACCUUCAGGCUUUUUGCUGUAAACACUGGCUUUUCAGAGAAAAUGUAGUGUUUACAUUACAGCCUAUUGAUAACUUAAUUGGCCACUCCUCAGAUAGUUGUUAGAGAUCCUUCCUGGGUCAUGGCUGCCUAAAAUGCAUCCAAACAUUCAGUGUCUCCACCCUCUGCAUGCAGACACUGAACUUUCCUCAUAGAGAUUCAUUAAUUCAAUUCAUCUCUAUGAGGAGAUGCUGAUUGGCCAGGGCUGUGUUUGAAUUGUGCUGGCUCUGCCCCUGAUCUGCCUCUUUGUCAGUCUCAGCCAAUCCAAUGGAGAAGCAUUGUGAUUGGAUCAGGCUACCACUUCUGCUGAUGUCAGCAGGCAGUGGGCAGGUCUAAAGGAAACAGGGACAAAGUAAACAGCUGCAGACCUGAAUACAAGUAAGAUUUUACUAUAUUUAGGGAGGCAUGAGGGGACCAGGGUGGCUAGAUGGUGGUUUUAACCCUAUAGGGUCAAGAAUACAUGUUUGUGUUCCUGACCCUAUGGUGUUCCUUAAAUAAAAAAAAUUACAUAAAAUACUAAAACCAAAAUUAAAGGUGAAAACAUUUAAAUACUUACAUGAUUAAAUAUGAUAUACGCAAAUUAGAUAUUAUUAAUUAGAUAUGUUCAUUUUGAUGCUUAGAUUACUGCCUUCCUACCCUAAUAAAUAAAAUAAACGCAAUAAAGGGAGACUUUAAGUGCCAGGAAUACAGGUGAAUAAAGGGUGAAAAACCAUUAAUUUACUUACCAUACCCCAGCGCUGAUGUCCUUUGGCGCUGUGUUGCAGCUCAACCUCCUGGAAGUGGCUCCAGUGGGCUGUCUGGUAGACAGCCACUUGAGGCAGACUUUGUGCUGCAAUGUAGACAUUGCAGUUUCUCUGGAACUGCAAUGUUUUACAUUGCAGCACUAAGUGCAAUAGGGACAUUGCACCCAGACCUCUUCAAUGAGCUGAAGUGGUGUUGGCGCCUAUAUUGUGUCCCUUUUAAACGUAUACGUAUUCCAACACUGUAACAGACGCUGCAGCCUGAUCCAUCCACGGUAAACAAAACCAACAAUCCUGAUGAACUUUGUUCAAUAAGAUGCUUCUUAUAGAGAAACACUGAGGAAACAUGGCAUGCAAUUGGCACCUCUGGCAAUAAAAAGUAUCAAAUCCAGUGCUGCUCAUUGGAGCAUUGGACAAACACAUCAUCGGGCAUCAGCACCCAGUGUCAACAUGUAAAUCUCUAUCCCUAGGUGCUGUUUGUCUGUCACUCUGACAGCUGCUAGUUGUUGUGGAAACUAAAAAUUGUAAACAGUGCGGUUUGUCAGGGGCUGCAUGGGGCAGCAGUUGUUCCCCAAAAUUACUUAAUUAAAGAAAUAGUCCAAACUCCACUACAGCAAGCUGUAAUUUUGAUAACUUACCUAGAGUCUGCAGCGUACUUGGUGGUUAGACUGUUCCUUUGCGCUUACAGCGUGGAUAAGAAGCAGUUAGAAUAACGUUUAUUGCAAGUUCAUCAUUAUUGUAUAACGCGCAUAACCCCAGAACUAUAAUUGGUAUUAAAAAAAAAAAAAAAAAAAACAGUGCUGUAAUAAUUCUUUAUACAGGUACAUAUUUUAAAGCAUUAUAAAUCUAGCAGUCUGAACAAAAUACAAGAGGUUAACGGAUGCUAUCCUCCUCUUCCCACCCCACACAUGAUCUUAACAGACAUGUUUAGUUUUAAAAGGUCAUACAUACAGUGCUUACAUAUCACAGUAAAGGGAUCACAGUUAUAAACAAGAUGAAAAUGAAAUAAACCUUUCAUAUAAAGUGUAGGAAUGUUCUACUUGUCUUCUUCCAAAUCUUGUCAAAGACCCAGGGCUGCUCAGCUCACUGUGUGCCUGUGAUUGAAGUCAUCUGAAGAAAAAGCCUGCUGAUAGGAUAGAACACCAGCCAAUGUACCUCCCCCUUUAUACAGAGAUUCUAUAAAGAACUCAUACUGUAAGCUGUGAGGCACUUGGUGGUAAAUCCAGGUACCUAACAUUGCUGUGGGCAGUCAACUUAAUGUAUUUCACAUAGGGCAAACAGGCCUUCUACAGGGCAACUAUCUAGUGCCCAAUCACCAUAGGCUUCCAGUUACCAUUUCACUAUAUUUAUAUCAUGGGAAGUGUAGUUUGGGAAAUAGUGUGCAUAAUUGUACAUAUUGAGGGUUUAGAAUAAGAUAGUACUUUUAAGGAAGGUUCUAGAAAUGAAAGCAGAGUUUUUAUUUCUAUGAAGGCUUUUAAAUACAGGACUAAAGGUAUAAAAUCUGGGAACUAACAGUUCCUAAUGAAAAAGAUGUGAUUUAGGUAUAAAAAUUGUCUGCUCUGAGAGGUGGUGCAGACAUUUAAACAGGCAGAGUGCACCACCAGUGCACUUAACCUGCUGGUUCCCAAGGUGGCUGGCCAACUUUUGGUGCUUUUUAAGAACACAGCACGUUUUAUACUUAACCACUAUAGUACAUCUAUGAUUAAUUAUAUAGUUAUUGCAUAAAGAUAUGUCAAGUCGUAUGAUUUUAUGCUGUAGCACACAAUUUUCUACAAACAGGUUCUUUGACCAGUGUAGGGAGGAGUGCUGAAAGGGGUAUGUAAACACAGGUCAAAACAUACUAGUGCUGCACUUGUUAAUAAAUAAUGGCUAUUUAAAGGGACACUAUAGACACCUGAACAACUUCAGCUUAAUUAGGUUGUUCAGGUGAGAACUAUAGCUCCCUGUAGCCUCUCUCAUGUAAACACUGUAUUUUCUGAGAAAAUACAGUGUUUACAUUGGAAGCUAGGAACACCUCCAGUUGCAGUCACUCAGACUGCCACCAGAGGGACUUCCGAGUUGAUGAAUGCAUAAUUCGCAUUUAUUUUCAUGUUUGACAUCUUCAAGCUUGGGUGAAGACGUGCUAUCAGCAUACAGGAAAUAGGGGGCACUGCGAACGCGCCCCCUAUGUCCUGUAGUAACCCCGAACCUGUCAGCGAUAAAGAGCCGACAGUGUGGGAGAUAAAAUCUCUUGCACGAAGCGUCGGCACAAGCAGACAGGCUAAAGACCGGAGACUGAGCAGGAGGGGAGGAUCACAACUGUAAGUAAACUUAUUUUGUGUGUGUGGUGGGUAAGUGGGUGACUGUGUGAGUGUGGGUGAAUGAGUGAGGGUGUGUGUGAGUGGGUGCAUGUGAGAGAGUGAGUGUAGGUGAGUGAGAACGUGUAGGUGAGUGAGAGAGUGAAUGUGGGUGAGUGAGUGUGGGUGACUGAGUGUGGGUUAGUGAGUGGGUGAGUAAGUGAGGGUGAGUGAGUAAGUGACUGAGUGUGGGUGAGUGAGUAACUAUGGGUGAGUGAGUGAGUGAGUGAGUAAGUGAGAGAGGGGGUGUGAGUGAGAGAAAUAGAUAGAGAUAGAGAUAGAUAGAAAGAGAUAGAUAGAUAGAAAGAGGGAGAGAGAGACAGACAUAGAUAGAUAGAAAUACACUGCUCAAAAAAAUAAAGGGAACACUUAAACAACACAAUGUAACUCCAAGUCAAUCACACUUCUGUGAAAUCAAACUGUCCACUUAGGAAGCAACACUGAGUGACAAUCAAUUUCACAUGCUGUUGUGCAAAUGGGAUAGACAAUGGGUGGAAAUUAUAGGCAAUUAGCAAGACACCCCCAAUAAAGGAGUGGUUCUGCAGGUGGUAACCACAGACCACUUCUCAGUUCCUAUGCUUCUUGGCUGAUGUUUUGGUCACUUUUGAAUGCUGGCGGUGCUUUCACUCUAGUGGUAGCAUGAGACAGAGUCUACAACCCACACAAGUGGCUCAGGUAGUGCAGCUCAUCCAGGAUGGCACAUCAGUGCGAGCUGUGGCAAGAAGGUUUGCUGUGUGCUCUGUCAGUGUAGUAUCCAGAGCAUGGAGGCGCUACCAGGAGACAGGCCAGUACAUCAGGAGACAUGGAGGAGGCCGUAGGAGGGCAACAACCCAGCAGCAGGACCACUACCUCUGCCUUUGUGCAAGGAGGAACAGGAAGAGCACUGCCAGAGCCCUGCAAAAUGACCUCCAGCAGGCCACAAAUGUGCAUGUGUCUGCUCAAAUGGUCAGAAACAGACUCCAUGAGGGUGGUAUGAGGACUUACAGCCCAACACCGUGUAGGACGUUUGUCAUUUGCCAGAGAACACCAAGAUUGGCAAAUUCACCACUGGCGCCCUGUGCUCUUCACAGAUGAAAGCAGCUUCACACUGAGCACAUGUGACAGAUACCGUGGAGAACGUUCUGCUGCCUGCAACAUCCUCCAGCAUGACCGGUUUGGCAGUGGGUCAGUAAUGGUGUGGGGUGGCAUUUCUUUGGGGGGCCGCACAGCCCUCUAUGUGCUCGCCGGAGGUAGCCUGACUGCCAUUAGGUACCGAGAUGAGAUCCUCAGACCCCUUGUGAGACCAUAUGCUGGUGAGGUUGGCCCUGGGUUCCUCCUAAUGCAAGACAGUGCUAGACCCCAUGUGGCUGGAGUGUGUCAGCAGUUCCUGCAAGACCAUGGCACUGGCACUGGCCCGCCCGUUCCCCAGAUCUGAAUCCAAUUGAGCACAUCUGGGACAUCAUGUCUCGCUCCAUCCACCAACGUCACAUUGCACCACAGACUGUCCAGGAGUUGGCAGAUGCUUUAGUCCAGGUCUGGGAGGAGAUCCCUCGGGAGACCAUCCGCCACCUCAUCAGGAGCAUGCACAGGUGUUGUAAGGAGGUCAUACAGGCACGUGGAGACCACACACACUACUGAGCCUCAUUUUGACUUGUUUUAAGGACAUUACAUCAAAGUUGGAUCAGCCUAUAGUGUGUUUUUCAACUUUUGAGUGUGACUCCAAAUCCAGACCUCCAUGUGUUGAAAAAAUUGAUUUCCAUUUUUUAAUUUUUGUGUGAUUUUGUUGUCAGCACAUUCAACUAUGUAAAGAAUAAAGUAUUUCAGAAGAAUAUUUAAUUCAUUCAGAUCGAGGAUGUGUUAUUUUUUUUAAUUUUUUUUUAAUCUUUAUUUUUGAGGUGUGUUGAAAUUCACAUUGGUAACAUAUGACAUGGUUACAGUAUAGGUAGGUAAAGUAUAAGCAAGAAAUAUUUGUUGUUUGUAACGCACCAUUUUUGGUAGCAUAUAACAUGGUUAACAUGGUUAAACAUUGGACAGAACAGAGGUUUUACAUGACAUGUUUAUCUCUCUUUGUAUAGUUUGUAGAACUGAUCUGUCCUAUGUGUGUCGACGUAUACAUGUCUCUCUAGUGACAGGUUAAGUUCUUAGUGUGGCUAGUUGUUAGUCAACAUGUUUUUGUGAUGUGCUCAUGAGUCCGUAGAGCUUGUAAGCAAGAUGUACAGGUGCCUCGUGUUGUGUGUCUGAGUGUGGUUCAUGGGUGACAGAGCUUGUUCCGAGGCCGCUUUGUGUGUAGGCCCCUGACAUCUGGGGUGGGUGCCCCUAACCAAGGGGGCCGCUCGGGUGGGAGUGUUGGGCUGGAGGACGCCAGCUGGUUGCAGUGGAAGUGUGAGUAGCUGCGCUAGCUUAUAGUGGUGUUGGUGUUGUGUCUAUCACUGAGCGCUGUGGAUAAGGAGAGUGUGUAAUAUAACUGUUCACAUGAACUUUAAGAGCGACAAAUCAUAACCAAAUUAUAUAAAAAGUUUAACGAGAUAGAAAAAUGAAAAUAUCUUUUGCCCGUUUAGCCUAAAAAAUUUAAAUUAAGGUAAAUGCGGAGAUCGUCCCAGAGGUUAGCGAGUUGUUAGUUAGUUCAACUAUGUUGAUCCAUCUUUCGGGCUGCAAUGUGUCUCUGUCCCGAGAGUCUUGUGGAAGCAUUCUGCAGUCUGGAUUCCCUUGGUACGAAGGGGACAACCGUGGCUGGGUCCCAAAGGCCUGUUGUUGCAGUUCCAGUUGUCUCAGGGUUUGGAGUAGAGGUUACGUAGGAAUGUUGGUGCCUCACUCAUUGUUGUUAGUGUAUGAGUAGUCCCAUCUCGGGUGAGUAUGAUUGUGCAGUUUGCCGCCUACUUGUAGGCCAGGUUUGCUGCUCGGAGUUGUGCCGUGACAGUGCCAAAAGCUUUGCGUUGCAGAAGUGUUGCCUUUGUGAGGUCUUGGUAGAAUGUGAGAGAGGUGUUUUCAAACAUUAGUGGCGUUUUAUCUCUUAGGGCCGACAUGAUUUGGCUUUUAUCUUGGGUUGUAAGGCAUCUGAGGAUCACAUCCCGGGGCUAAGUAGGUUUGAGCGGGGUGGUGCUGGCAAGACUGUAGAUGGUGAUUUUUUUUGCCGCUGUGUGAGGCAGGAUUGUAAGUAAGAGUCUGCGGAUAUAGUGUGGAAGUUCCUAUGCCAUGAUUGUAGCUGGGAUUCCCCUUAUUUUAAUAUGGUUGCGUCUUUGGCGGUCUUCCACCGCUGCUAAUUUGUGUGUGAGGGUUUGCUGAGUGGUUUGCAUUUGGAUUAUUGAUUCAUCAAGUUUAGCUAGUUGGCUCUGCACUGCCAUCACGUCUUCCUCUGUGGCUCUCACCCUUUCUGUGACCACGUGUACCUCUGUUUUUAAGAGGGCAGAAUCGGCGGCCAGCAGUUUGUGGAUGUCUGCUAAUAAUAUUUUUAGGUCCCGUUUGGUUGUCGGGGCAGAGUCAUCAGAGGGGUCUUGCACCGAGGUUAGUGGGGUCUGCUUGCCUUGUUGUUGUUCCCGUGUCGGGUGGGGUUCGGGUGUCGCCACUUGCGGCACUUCCGCGGACGUGGGUCUGUGAGGAGUAGGCCUCUGGAGCAGCUCUCCAAUGUCCCUGGUCUCCGUUGCGGCUUGGGGUUUUUGUGAUCGCCUGCCCAUUGCCUGCUUGUGUGCCGUCGGGGUUGAGGUAUGUGCCUGUUCGACUCCUCUUGCCGUUAUGAUUUCCAGCAGCUCCCCCAGGUCUGGGAUCGAUGGCGUGUGGUAAGCCCGAGACCUUCAUUUCCUUUGGGGUAGUCUCUGGGCGGCGAAGAAAGGCAUCAAUCAGUGCCAGCUGGUUUACUGGAGCUGGUGGUGAAGGUUUCGGGUUCGGAUCGGGCUCGGGUUUGCUUAUAUUUAUGGGACUGUUCAUAUAUGAGUCGGAGCUGGCAGACCCCAUUGAAGUUCAAGGUGAAUUGGAAUAUGGAAUAGAGAGAAUUCUUGACUCCAGACUUCAUAGAGGUAACUUACAAUACCUUAUUAGAUUAUGGAGAAGAAGAUAACACUUGGGAGAAUUCCUCUGAAAUACAUGCAAAGAAGUUGACUACUGCCUUUCACAGAAGAUACCCUCAAAAACCGAGGUAAUAGCACCCGGAGAGUGCUCUUUAGGUGGGGGGUCCUGUCAUGCGGUAACACUUCCAGGUUCGGCACUCCGCUGUGCGGGCCCGGACCCCGCCGCCCUCUGACGCAGCUCUGACGGUAUUUAGGGAGACCGCGCCAGAGAGAGGGGGCUUGGUGAUACUGGGAGCUACUUCCGCCAGACUUACCUCUCCACAGGCUCUGGCAAUGUGGGUCCUACUUCCGAGUAUGCACGCCGGCUCCUGGGACACGCCGGCUCUACAAGCUCUGAAGUCGUCCUAGCCUUCUGGGCUAAGACAAGUAUGCUUCAUGCCAUAGAGGAUUACUGGAGAACAGAAACUCACUUACUUUACAAGUGGACCAUACCUCUGAACUAUUGGAGGAAUACUCACAUUAACCUUAAGUAUAUCUUUCAGCUAUUUGUCUACAAUAUCAUUUAAUAAUGAACUAAUGCUUGCUUACUUAAAUCUUCACUGCUUAAAGCUACUAAUUAUAUGGAGGACAACUCCCAUCAUGCUUAUUCACAAUGAACUGUUUCUUGCUUUGCAAAUACACUCAGUGCUUCAAGCUACUAAUUAUAUGGAGGACAACUCCCAUCAUGCUUAUUAACUAUAAACUGUUCCUGCUUUGCAAAUACUCUCAGCUUACUAGCUUAAAGUUACUAUUGAAGAUUAUUCUCAUUAACCUAAAGAAUGUUACUUAAUGCAUCUCUGAGGAAAUACUUAAUAAUGAACUUUGUGUUGUUGAUUACUUGCACUUCUUCGUAUUGGAUUAUUGCCUAAAUGCAAUUCAUUUAUGUUUAACACUUAUUAAAACUUUGUUUGAAUCAAGUUACCAGCAAAUCUCUCUUUUCUUAAAGCUACAGUAUUGAUACUUUAAAGAUUCUCUGUUUCUUCACUAUUGUAAUUAGGGAGUUUUACAAGCUGCAGUUGAGUUCCAAUCCAAAUCACCCAAGUAGCGUAACACAUUGCACCACAGACUGUCCAGGAGUUGGCAGAUGCUUUAGUCUAGGUCUGGGAAGAGAUCCCUCGGGAGACCAUCCGCCACCUCAUCAGGAGCAUACACAGGCGUUGUAGGGAGGUCAUACAGGCACGUGGAGGCCACACACACUACUGAGCCUCGUUUUGACUUUUUUUAAAGGACAUUACAUCAGCCUGUAGUGUGUUUUUCAACUUUUGAGUGUGACUCCAAAUCCAGACCUCCAUGGGUUGAAAAAUUUGUUUUCCAUUUUUUAAUUUUUGUGUGAUUUUGUUAUCAGCACAUUCAACUAUGUAAAGAAUAAAGUAUUUCAGAAGAAUAUUUAAUUCAUUCAGAUCUAGGAUGUGUUAUUUUUGUGUUUCCUUUAUUUUUUUUGAGCAGUGUAGAUAGAUAGAUAGAAAUAGAUAGAACUAUAGAAAUAGAAAGAUAGAUAUAGUUAGAUAGAUAAAUAGAGAGAGAUAGAAAUAAAUAUAUAUUAUACCAGGGUGGGCAGGAUUCCCUGGGGGAGGAACAACACCAGCCCAUUGAAGGUGGUAAAACCCUAACGGGACCACAAAUAAGGGCAAAUCUAUGAAUGGCACUACUCCUGCCAACCGGUGAUACUCCCCCGAACUACAACCACUAACCACACUAGUUGUAAAACGCAAAAAAAAAGAAUUAAAAAAAAUAGAUAGAUAAAUGGAAAUAGAAAGAGAUAGAAAUAGAUAGAUAGAAAAAGAUAGAUUGUGUGUGUGUGUUCAACAAUAUUUAUUUAGUGUGUGUUUGUAUACAAACACUAUAUAUAGAGAUUUCUCUAUAUAUAGUGUUUGUAUACUAACUUUGGGUUAGGAGGGAUGCCAUGGGGGGGAGGGGGGCAGGCAUAGAGAGAGAGCUGAGUUGUUAGUCAUGUGCGGUAGAGCUCUCAGUUUUUUCAUAGAGCAGCAUUCAAUGUCGCUCUAUUAAGAACCUGAUUGGUGCAGCGCAAAGCUGCGCAUGCACACCAGAGAGCGAUAACGCUUCUCAAAGAGAAGCGUCCUAUUGAGCCCUGCGAUUUCGUCAUUUUGACGAAAAAGCUGGCGUGGCCUGACGAGGAACUCGGUGCUGGAACGGAGGUAAGUUUAUAUCAUAAAAAGUGCUCGGAUUUAUUUUUUAAUAGGGGCAAGUGCAUAUAAAAGCAAGAAAGAAGGCUAGGGGACCUGUCUUUCUUGCUUUUAUAUGUUGACUAUAGUGAUCCUUUAAGCUCAUACACAACCUGACAUAUACAUAGUCGCCUUUUCGGCAUAUGCGGUAUAAAAUAUAAAUUAGGUAAAUGAGGGUUAAUUAAGAUGGCCCUUGAUCUAAAAUGGCCGCUAUAUAUACUCCCAUAAUACAAAACCCUACCUCCUCUUUCUAUAGCCAACCCCCCACAUUAACACCUCCUAUGCCUGUCUCCUAGCCAUGUCAAGGCCCAUUACACUUAGCUGCGCUGCUCCAUGGGCUACAAUAUUGUCAGCAUUGCUUGUAUGCACCUAUACAGCAGGACACAUCAUCUGUCAUGCAAAUAUUGUACAGACACUAGACUUGCACCCAACCUCUCUUUUUCAGAUUGCAAAUCUUGGUAGGUCUGGAAUCUGUUAUGACUGGUUCACUGUAAAAGUUCUGAAAUUAAAUAAAUAGAAAAGUUAAAAACAUAAAUUAACUUGAUAAACCAGUAUUUUAAAAUAAGUAUACUUGUUUGUCAAUAUUUAGCCAGAUUGUUUUACCCUCUCAUGGCCAUUGGAGGUAACUAAAAACCUCCACUUGUUUAAAAAUACAUAGGGAUGUAGAAAGAGCGCAGGUAACUUUUUUUCCUUUGGUUUUUACUAUAUGUAUUUUGGCUAUAGUCAUUGCUGCCGCCCAGGAGUAAUGGGAGUUUGAGCGCAGGACUAGUUUCUUUGUAUUUGUAUUCACUUUUGUAUCACACAGCUAGGUUGCAAUGCUACUGCCCAUCCCAUGUGUUCCUAAAGGUUAAUAAGCAUGUAGGGAUGUAUAUAAAAAAUACCCAUUUCUGUCUCAUUAGAGAUAUUUUUGCCAGAAGCUCAAGGAAGCGAGGUAAAUGGUUAGAGUUAGUACCCACCUAAGAGCUCUGCCUUGAUGUGGCAGGUGGGCAUACCCUCUCAUGGCCAUUGGAGGUAACUAAAAACCUCCAUUUGUUUAAAAAUACAUAGGGAUGUGGAAAGAGCGCAGGUAACUUUUUUUUCUUUGGUUUUUACUAUAUGUAUUUUGGCUGAUGUGUACUAUGGUCAUUGCUGCCGCCCAGGAGUAAUGGGAGUUGGAGCGCAGGACUAGUUUCUUUGUAGAUUGUUUUGAAAUUUGCUGCAAAAAAAUCCACUAGAAAAAUAUAUUUUUAGCAACAGUGAACCUAAUGGGUGUAAUAUACGCUUCUGCGUCUCUUAUUUGAAGGCUGUGUGAUGUUUACAAGUCAUUUAGCUCAGAACUUCAGUUACACUGUUAUUUACUAAAGUGAGCAUUUUAAAAAAUUCUAAAUGAAUUUCAAAAUUUAGGCCAAUAUAGCUGAAUUAGAAUUACAUUUCAGGCUGGCUAUUUGAAUUCCUGGGAAUUCUCAGUUUUAUAUAUAAUCAAAGUUGCCUUUUUAAACAAUACAAAUGAAAUAGUUUACUUUUUAAAGCCAUAAAGAUCUUUAAGUCAUGCAAUAUUUUAUAAUGAUGAUAAAAUAGAUAAAAUACCUAAUGACAGAGCAGUCAUCGCUCUCCUGAGAUAAAUACAUUUAUAUGCUUUCACUUAUAGAUAACUAGUAUUACACAUUACCUUUCCACUUAUGUAAUGUUAAUGUUAGCACAUCUGCUAUCAAAGGUCAUGUUCAUUUGUCAUACUGACCUAGGAAUACACAAGUUUAAUCAUGCAUAUAGUUGCAAUUAUCCUUUUUGUCACUCAUUCUCAGAAUACGACCACAUGACCUUUCUACAUACAUAUGGAUUUGGCUUCAUUUUCACAACACUAAUAAUCCCAAACAGUUCUGACCAGCGGGACUUGGUGGAUUAGUCGGCAUAUUGUGUGGGCCUGCCUUGUUACCUGGGGGAUGCCUUGUGGCUCUCUCUGAGUGCGCAGUAUGGGAUUUAGUCCAUGGUCCCACUUUGUCUUUUGCAUGCCUCAAUUUUAGCCCUCUAGGAUGGGCAUUGACUGAGUAAUUUCCUAUUUGCAGAGAGCAAGCACCCAUUUAUAAUACAACUUUUCAAUGUAUGUGCCCAUAAUAAAAUAUCAUAAUUAUCUUGCCUAUACUUACUUAUUUAUGUUACCAAUGUUACUUAAUUGCAUACUAUCUAAUAUGUGGGGGUUUUUUUUUUUACCUAUGCAACAUAUUUGUCUUUAUUUCUAGAAAUGAAGUGCUUUAAUCAACCAUUUAUACAGAUAUAUUAUGUAUAUUGGUACUGCAUACUACCUGUAUUCUACUUCCCUUCAAUUAAAAGUGACUUACAAAAACCCCCCCCAAAAAACGUGUUUGAGAAUUGAGCAGGUACUAAUCAGGACAGGCAAAUAAAAUUUGCAGAUUCUUACUUUUCAAAUAUUUUCUGUUUAAUAUUCUUAUUCAGACUUAUUGUUUUAUGUUUCGUGGCAAUUAACAAAGUCUACAUAUCUAGGUGAUUUUAUUCAUUUUGCACCAUCAAAAAAAAACUAUUUAGCAAAAUACACAAUCCAGGAGGAUCAACAAUUGUAUGUGUUAGUGUACAUGACAAUAUACAGACUCAGUAAUGCAGUUUCCCAAUUUUCUGAUAUAAUUCCAGUUUCUUUUACAGUUUGCUGAUCACAAAUUACUCUGUUAGCAAAAAUACAGCUUUGUAAGUGGCUAUUUGUUCAAGGCAAAGUACAUACACUAAAUAAGCAUUGAUUAAUAUAUAAUUCCAUUGUUAAGUUAAAUUAAGCAGUUUCAAUAACAGAAUAGGAUACGUGAUAUGAUAAGGGGAGGAGAAAAAGUAGAGUAGAUCAGGCUGGCCUGAAAGGCAUCACCCUCAAGUAUAAGUGAAGCAAGUAAUAUAAUGGACAAUAGAAAGGUGCUGUGUUCCAGAAGCAAGAAAGAUGCCUAAGGCUUAUGUAUCAGCCGAAGACAGUACAUUGAAAACAGUAGUAGUUGGAACUUUUAUUAUGCUACACUAAUCAAGUUCCAUGCUCUCCACAGGCAGCGGAAUCUUCUCUCCAGAGAAUGUUGGACCUUAUUACUAUAAUAUGGACACUGAGGAUGGCCAUUUAGUGAUCUCUGAGUUGAAUGCACAUCCACGUAACUCUUCAACAUAUUAUUCAAUUAAAUGGAACCAGCAUGCUUCUACUAUUAAAAAAUAUUCAUCUGGGACAAAUGUGUUUAAAGGAAGUAUUUUUUUUGAUCUGUUUACCUUCACGGAAUUGAAGGAGCCUGAAGAAAAUUAUACAAUUUGCCAAAAUGAUCUAUGUUGCCAUUUAAAUUAUAAGAGAGCAGAUUAUGGAAAGAAAAAACAGAAUAAUGAGAUUUAUGUGCUUGGUGCUUUUGAUGGUCUUCAUGUGGUCGAAGGGCAAUAUUAUUUGCAGGUAACUAUUUAUUUAUAGUUUAUACAAAUAUUCACUUGCCAUAUAAUUAUAACAGGAAAUGAAUCAGACUUCUGGGGUAUAAUAACCUAUUAAACACUUUUUGUUAAAAAUAAUAGUAUUGCAACAUUAUUUGGCAAAAACAAACUCUACUCAGUAUGCAAGUGACACCACAGUAAGAAUAUUCUAAUCAACUCUUAUUUCAUGGUUAUCUGUUUUGAGAGAACAAGGAGGCAGCUCUCACCCCUCUCCUUUGAUGGGCAUUUAUAUUUGGUGGCACUAGAGAAUAUGUCAUAUCUAUUGCCCUUCCUUUUAUUGUGGAAAAUGUGUUUGUGUUUUUUAGCUGUAAUCACUUUGUUAUAAUGUAUAUUGUCUGGUGAAUGUAAACGAGCCUGGGGAUCAUUAAUUAUUAAUUAAUCUUAUUAUUAAUUGCUAAUGUCAUUUUAAUUUUCAGGUUCAAAGUUAAGCAGUCAUUGUAUCUACAAAGCACUAACUGAGAUUAGUGUUAGAGCAGUCCCUCCCAUUUUUUUAUUAUUGUUUUACAAACCAUGCAUUCAAAUGCAAUAGAAAAAUAAUAUAUACAUAUGCAUAUAUAGACAGGGCCGCCAUCAGGGGGUGACAACCAUGGUGGUUGUCACGGGCCCGACGGUCCUGGGGGGCCCGGACUGCUCUGGCAGUCCCAGGCCCCACUUUCUUUCUCUACACACAUAGAUAGUGAAUAUCGCUAUCUAUGUGUGCAGCCGCGGGCCCCCGGCUCCCUGUUACCGCAGAGGGGGCCCAGCACACUGCCUCUACUCUUCUCUUCUAAUAACUCUCGUGUGACCCGGUUACCAUGGCAAUACUCCGCUAAUUUAGGCGUUAAAUAUCUUUAAUUUCACAGCCCUACUUACACCUCCCAUGGCUGAAAAUCACACAGCCAUCACUUUACACUUUCUGAAAAAUAGAACCACUCUAUCUUACAUUCAGUGUCAGCUAUAUUUGUAAAAGUCCUAGGAUUUAAUUAUUUAGUCGUUUUUGCUUAUAUCUAUGUUUUCCUAGCUUAGAAAUGUGCGUAGUGAAUAUUCUCUAAACUGUUAUUCAAGUAAGUGUGAAUAACAUGCUAUAGUGUGCUUCCAGUGUCAGGGUCGUCUUUUCGCAUGGGCAUACUGGGCACUUUCCCGGGGGCCCCACAAGCAUAGGGGCCCCACAGUGUUGCCCAUGUACUGGGCUGAUAGGGGAGAUCCUUUGAUCUCCGCUGCUGGCCCACGGAGAGCCGGCCCUGCUUACUUGUUCUGGGCCCUCUUGGGCCAGUGGGGAGAUCAAAGAUCUCGUUAGAGGGAGGGUGGGAGGACCUGGGAGGUAUUUCCUCCCAUGAGCAUGCUGGUCUUAGUAGUGCUUGCAGAGAAACCAGGUAUGUUCUAUCCCUGCACCCUUACAGGCCCCCCCCCUCUCCCUUCACAGCCUCCCUCCUUCCUUCACAGAUACCCCUUCUCUCCCUUCACAGACUCCCUCUCUCCCUGCACUCAGACCCCUCUUUUUUUGUAUAGUCCCCCUCUUUCCCUGCACAGGUCACCUCCCUUCCCUGUCUAGUCCCGCUCUCUCCCUUCACAGACACCCUUCCUUCAUAGACACACUCCCUGCACAGACACCCUUCCUCACUCACAGUCUCCUCCCUCCCCUGUAUAGCCCCCUCUGUCCUUUCACAAACCCCCUCUCUCCGUUCAUAGACCCCCUGUUCACCAACACAGGCCCCCUCUCUCCCCUGCACAGGCCUCCUCUAUCCCCUGCACAGACCCCUCUCUCCGUGCACUUACAGAUCCCUUCCCUCCCUGCAUUCUCACAGACCCCCUCCCUCCUUCCACUCUCACAGAACCCAUUCCUACCUGCACAGAUUCCUUGUCUCCCUGAACUCUCACAGAACCCCUUUCUCCCUGCACCUGCACCAAGUGCAAAUAGAAAAUAUUUUCCCAUACAAAACAUGUUUUCAUUCAAUAAGUGCCAAUACAAUUGUCAGUUUCACCAAUAAUUAUACAUUGCCACUUUAUUGGUGAAACUGACAAUUGUAUUGGUUCGUAUGCAAUAAAAAAAUAUUUUGUGCUAGAAAAGAUUUUGUAUUUGGGUCAAGAUAGGGGCUGCAAAAACGCUAUGCCACUGUGUGGUUAUAUUUAUUAUACUAGGGAAUAAUGAAUAAUGACAUUUAAGUGAGUGAAGCAAAGAGAUUAUGGAGAUAAACGUUAGUUUAUUUGAAUAUGAGAUGCUGGAAGAAUUUUAAAAACACAUUCAAAUCUUUAUCUAUAUUUUUUUUUUUAGGUGUGCACACUAUUGAAAUGUUUAAGCUCUGACUUGAAUACAUGUGGUGAAUCUGUAGAGACAGCUUCUACCAAAUUUAAACAAUUUACUCUCAGCGGAAGUUUUUCUACAAAUUAUGUAUUUCCAGAAGUUUUGCUGAACAAUGUUAAUUUGGCUCCUAAUCUGUUUAAGGUAAAUGCAAGUUAUGUGUUGAUUUUUUGUUUACCCAAUAAUAUUACCCCCCUUCCACUUUCUUCUUAAACAGACAGCCUAAGCACCAUAUUUGCUAGAAUGCACUCUAAAGGUUAUGGUAAACCAUUUUCAAAUAGUUUGACAAUUAUCCAGGUCCACCAGAGCCCCUUUGUCUAGUCCUCUCUUAAAGUAUCACUACAGAACCUACUUCCAUGUUAGUCAUAUACCUUCCACCUCUCGAUGUCAUACAUUUUACAAGAAUUAUGCCAUUGUAAUAUUUAUUACAAAAUUUCCCAAACAAAAAUGUUACUCUCUUUUAAGGGCAGCAAAUAUGCAUGUAUUCUUAUUUAUUAUUAUACUUUUUUAUUAAGUGCUAACACAUUGUACAGUGCUGUAAAUGGGUACAAUUGGUACAAGUAAAAAGACAAAGGUACAAUACAUCCGAGAGUCAAUAAAAACUUUGACAAACACUGGAGGAGUUGAGGUCCCUAUUCCCUUGAGAAUUUUUAGAUGGAUAGGAGUAGUGAAAAACAGGUGGUGGGAACCUCAACGGUGAAAAUAAUGUUAACUGAGAGUCAUAUGACAGCAUUUGUUAGUCAGGUGGAAUGCGUUAGUUAUUUAGUUGAGUGGCAGGCUUCCCUGAACAAAAAUGUAAUAUAAAGAAUGCAAACUGAAGUCAAGUGUAAUUUAGAAAGAGAGGACUUCAGGUUAUUGGGAGAUAGUGAUCAGCAGUGACAGAGAAGUCUGAAAUCCAAGUAGAGCUAGAAGUGAGAAGAAGGAGCUCAGUCUUGGACAUAAUGAUCAUUAGGUGGCGAGGGUCCAUCCAGGAAGAAAUGCUAGAUAAACAGUCGCUGACAUGAGUAAAGACAGAGAGAGAAAGAUCAGGGGUGGAGAAGUAGUCUGUCACCAGCAUAAAGCCGAUAUUUGAAGCUGUAGUUGUUGAUAAUCUUACUGUCAGGGUGGCGGUCCGGUGCCCGGGACCCAGACACUGUCCAGGCGGCGGUGCGAGGACCAGGACCCAGUAUGCCUGAUGAUAUAAGUAGGAGUCACAGUGUGGAGGUGGAUUAGCAGGGUCUGGUGCAGGGUAACUAUUUGUGAAAAACUGGGGAUUUAGCUACAUUAUUUGAUCAUACAUUGCAUAAGCCUGCCACAACGCCAUUGUACCCCAUAUUUGGCAGGUCCUACUCUGCCUAAUGUAUGCUAAAAGAACCAUAACAAAACACAUAUAGCACUUACCUGCAAGAAAAGGCAGAGGACUUGAAACCACUGCUGCAGGUCCAGACUGAAACAAAAGGAAUCAUGGAAAAGGAACGGGUGUGGCAACAUAAAACAAACAUUUAAAUGAAUUCUGGAGACUGGGAAUUCCAGGGAUGGAAUACAGGAAUGAACCCAGAAAACCCAGCAUAAAGAAAACCAGACAUAGAAUAGAAACCAUAAAAAGCAAGAAAAACUAAACAAGAAUUGUAAAAAGAGUACUGGAUACCAGAAGCCAUUGCCAGAAUGAUCUGCAGCUAGGAACAGGAUGUGACACUUACUUUGAGAAGAAGUAUAAAUGUUGAAAAGUAGAGGACCCAAUAUAGAACCCUUGACAUACUCCAAGUCACAGGGGCAUUGAAGAUGUCAUCAAAUUACAUAUAAAAUUACUUAUUAGAGUGAUGAGUGGAUCCAAGAGAAAGAAUUGUUGCUAAGACCAAGAGAGCUGUGGGUUGUCAACUAUGUCGAAGGCAGCUGAGAGGUCAAAUAAGAUAAGAAAGAAGAGUAGUGGUUGGUCAUUUCGGGACAGUUUCAGUCAAAUGUGGGGGAUGGACGCCAGAUUGUACGGGAUCAAGCAGGGAAUUGGAGGAUAGGAAGUCGUCAAAGCCAAAAAAGCAGGAUACUUUAUGGUAGCAUAAAGUUUUUUAGAGAUCAAAAUAAUCAGAAAACAAAUCUUUGUGGCACUAUUUACUUUGUGUUUUUUAGUUAUUUGUCGUCUCUUUUCUUACUCUUUCCUAUUCUUAAUAUGUUUUUUUUUUUUAGGUUAUGAGUGAUGGGCGCCUUGUGAGUAAACCUGCUAUAGCAACUCACCCUCUAUUAAGUGUGACACUUUUUGGAAGGCUGUAUGAGAAAGACCCAGUUAAUUAAUAAUAUUGCCUACAAAACUCUGUUUCAACAAUAUAUAAUCAGUUCCAGAUGUUUAAGGAACCAGUAAAACACAAUUUCUGGUUUACUGCUUCCAAUGCUAAACUGCACAUAAAUUGAUUCUGUGAUGUGAAUCAAUAAAUUAAGUUUAAUUUAAACAAACAAUGUAAAUUUUCACCUACUUUUACAUAAAUUAAAUUGCAGUGCUUUAAAUCUGCUUCUCUACAAUAAAAAACAUGAAUCCUCAAAAGUGUCUCUCUCUCUCUCGAAAUAAAUACUGUUGGGGAUAUAGGUGCUGGAACAUUGGCAGAUGGUGUUCAUUUCGGCUUCUUGUUACUUAAUUGUAUGUUCUCUUUUACCAAUGGAGCAUGUUUUGAUCCAGAAGCAUAAGGAAUGUAAUGUCAUAUCCCUUUCACCCACCGCAAUCUCCACUUACUCAAUGAAUACAGCUCAGGAAGCAGUGACAGACAGCCACAAUGUACAAUGCAUGUGACUGCUCCUCUACAUACACUGAUCAGCCACAACAUUAAAACCACCUGCCUAAUAUUGUGUAAGUCCCCCUUGUGCUGCCAGGCAUGGACUCCACAAGAC